AUAAAGUGAACCCUCUUCUUAGGGCAAGAUGGCGCGGGAUAUGUCUGAUAAAGACAUCCUGAAAAUGGAGAUUGAGCAGCUUCAGAAGGAGGCGAAGAACACAAGAGAGCCAGUCUCCAAAACAGCGAAGGAGAUUUGUGAGUUUGUUGAAGCUCAGUCAGCUGAAGAUCCUCUUAUUAAAGGAGUGCCUGAAGACAAGAACCCCUUCAAGGAGAAGGGUGGCUGUAUAAUAACCUAGCAAAGGCUGUGCAAUAGCUCUAUGAAAACUCAGUAUGGGGACUUUUUGUGUCAGCCUUUCACCCGGUUCACGAUUUCUACUCAUGUACAGGUUCAGUGGCAGUC